AUGAAUCCGCUCUGCUGCAUUGCUCCGGUGACUUCCGACACCGAUCGAGCUGUGGUGAAGCCGCACGCGCCGGGCCAGGAGGUUGGUUCCGAAAGUGGCUACUUAGAUUCCACUGAGGUUAACGGUGGUAAGAAUGGGAUCUGCCGGCCGUUGAGUUUUAACUCGAGAAGCAGCUUCUCAACCAACAGCCGCGGUGGAGGAGGAGGAGGCGGAGGGCUUGAUUCAGUCCCCGAUGCUUUUGGGGAAAACGAUGAGGUGAGGAGCGUGGCCGGGAUUCUGUACAAAUGGGUUAAUUACGGGAAGGGAUGGAGGGUUAGAUGGUUCGUGUUGGAGGAUGGGGUUUUGUCGUAUUACAAGGUGCACGGGCCGGAUAAAAUCGCAGUCAGCUUGGCGAAGGAGAAAGAGUUUCGGGUGAUUGGUGAGGAAAGCUGGAGGUACAUGAAGAAGGGCAGCAUUGUUAAUUAUAGUGGGAAUGGUUUUGUGGGGAAUGAUUUUGGCUCUGAGAAGCAGUGGAAGCCAUUUGGAGAGGUUCAUUUGAAGGUUUCAUCUGUUCGGGUCAGCAAGUCGGACGACAAAAGGCUUUACAUAUUCACCGGAACUAAAACUCUCCACCUUCGUUGCCAGUCGAAGGAGGACAGGGCUUUGUGGAUCGAGGCACUUAUGGUGGCUAAAGAUAAAUUUCCAAGACUUUUGACGAGCAAUGAGUUGGCACUUUCUGAAGAAAUCGUAGUUUCUACGGAGAAACUGAGAUCGAGAUUGACUCAGGAAGGGAUUAGUGAGACUGUGGUCAAAGAUUGUGAGUCCAUAAUGCUAGGUGAGAUUGCAUUGAUACAGGACCAGUUGAAGAAUCUUCAAAUCAAGCACGUCUUGUUGCUCGACACAUUAAGGAGACUCGAGACUGAGAAAAUUGAGCUGGAAACUACUGUAGUUGAUGAGACCAAGGCUCGGGAUUCAUGCUGUACACAGGGGAGAAGGUUCAUUUCGGAUUUCUAUUCGGUCAUGUCGGGGGGAAGUGCUACUGACUCAGAAGCAGAUAACGAAAGUCGAUAUGGAGUUGAUGUUGAAACGGAAGAUGAAAGAAUCUUUUUCGACACGAACGAUUUCUUGUAUUCAGAUUCUCUCAGAAGCAGUUCAUACAGAAGACGAGAUAAUCCAGUAUAUGCUCAUAGUCCCUCAACAACUGAAAGGCGAUCUUCCUUCUCUGGUGUUGGGGUAGAGAUAAGGGAACCCAACUUCCCAUAUAUCAAAAGACGGGAUAAUUUACCGGAACCAAAAGAGAAAGAUAAGCCAGUAGGGCUAUGGUCGAUUAUUAAGGACAAUAUUGGAAAAGACUUGUCGGGUGUUUGUUUACCUGUUUACUUCAAUGAGCCUCUAUCCUCACUGCAAAAAUGCUUUGAAGACUUGGAGUACUCGUAUCUUGUCGACCGGGCAUUGGAAUGGGGAAAGCAGGAAAACGAUUUGAUGAGAAUUCUAAAUGUAGCAGCUUUUGCUGUAUCUGGUUAUGCAUCGACCGAAGGCCGACAAUGCAAGCCCUUUAAUCCUCUCCUAGGGGAAACCUACGAGGCUGAUUAUCCCGAUAAGGGUUUAAGAUUCUUUUCUGAAAAGGUAAGCCAUCACCCGGUGGUUGUUGCCUGUCAUUGUGAGGGCAAAGGGUGGAAAUUUUGGGGGGAUUCGAAUCUCAAAGGAAAAUUCUGGGGUCGAUCAAUCCAGCUCGAUCCUGUGGGGGUUUUAACCUUGCAAUUUGAGGAUGGUGAGACAUUUCAGUGGAGCAAGGUCACAACUUCUAUAUAUAACAUCAUAAUCGGUAAAAUCUAUUGUGAUCAUUAUGGAACCAUGCGCAUCAAAGGUAGUGGUCGAUAUUCGUGCAAGCUCAAGUUCAAAGAGCAGUCCAUCAUAGACCGAAAUCCACAUCAGGUACAUGGGUUCGUUCAAGACAACAAAACCGGCGAGAAGGUAGCGUUUUUACUGGGAAAAUGGGACGAGGCAAUGUAUUACGUGAUGGGCGAUCCUUCCACGAAGGCCAACGGUUAUGAUCCCAUGACAGAAGCCGUUUUGCUCUGGGAAAGAGAUAAAUCAGUUCCCAAAACGAGGUACAAUCUGACGCCCUUCGCCAUAUCUCUGAAUGAGUUGACUUCUGGUCUACAAAAGAAACUGCCGCCAACAGACUCGAGGCUGAGGCCCGACCAGAGGCAUUUGGAGAACGGUGAGUAUGAGAUGGCGAAUGCCGAGAAGCUGAGGCUCGAACAAUUGCAGAGACAGGCAAGGAAGCUGCAAGACAGAGGAUGGCAUCCGAGAUGGUUCCGGAAGGAUGAGGAAGGUUGUUAUCGGUACAUAGGUGGAUAUUGGGAGGCUAGAGAGAAAGGUAGCUGGGAGGAUAUACCCGAUAUAUUCAGGCAGCCUUGCGAACUCCCUGUUAGUUUAGCCGAGGCAGGAAAGUCAUAG